UGUUCUCGUCGUGUUCAGUAGCUGGAAACUAAGCUGUUUUUCAUUGCACGUCGCUAUUAGUUCUUAUAAGAGGCAGUACUUAUACCAAGGUACUGCCAUGAGGGUAUUGGUACCUGUGAUAUUGGCGGCCAUCUGCCUCGAGACGAAAGCCGAUCCUGUCCCUUGGCGCCAAAGUCAAGAUUCUGUCCCCGGGUAUGGGCAUCGAAGUCACAGCUAUUCUCCUGGCAACCGAGGUCCUUCUCCUUGGCGUGGGAAAGGAGAUUAUGGCCGUUUAAAUUACGGUUCUACUUUUGGUCAUGGGCAUCCGAAUCAUGGGCAUCCCGGUCAUGGGCACUUGGGUAGUUCUUCUUCUUCUUCUGCGCCUGGUUAUGGGCAGCGAGUUGACGUUUCUCCUCCCUGGCACCCGGGUCGGAGUCACAACUCGUCCCAUGGGCAGUUACAUCCUCCUGCCGACCGGACUCCUUCAGCUACCCUAGCAGGAGUUCCCCAGCACAAUACCGCAGGCCAGGGCAAGCUCAGUUCUCUCUUGCUGCUGGGAGGAAAAGGCUCAGAUGCCCACGGUUCUCACAAGGUCCUAGGAAAACACAAACCCCAUGUUAACUUACUUACAGACAGAUACGGCUAUUCGGGGUCUCAGCGCAGGUUUGACGAACCCUCAUAUCGCUAUCCCCACCACGAUCAUCACACUCAUGAUCCCCUCGGCCACCACAAGUAUGAUUCACCUCACCAUUACAAACAGGGUCCUUCCCAACACGACAGUCACCACCCCCACCAUCCCUGGUCUCCCUCGAGUCACCACAAUCAUGGUCUGCCUUUCAGUCCUUACCAUUUCUGGCGUUCUCUCUUCCACAUCGAGACCGAAUCCCUCCUUCGCAACCUUUUUUACCACAAUCACCACAACCACGGGCACUAUGAUCACCAUACCCACGGGGACCAUGAUCACCAUAAACAAGGGCACCACAAUCACCGCGAUCACGGGCACCAUGAUCACCAUAAGCACAGGCACAACAAUCAAGGGCACCAUGAUCACCUCAGCGACGGGCACCACAAUCACAAUCACCGUCAUCAUCAACACAACGUCAAAGAAAACCGCUGUCCCAAGAACUAUGAUCCUGUAGGAAAUUUUUGCCUCCACAUGCCAGUUGAUUUUAGCCUGAGACCGUGGAGCAGCGCGAGGCAAUAUUGCAAAAUUCUUGGCGGAGAUCUUUUGACGUUUUCCUCAGCCAACGAAUUCGCCACAAUCGUUAGCCACUUCCAGAAUCUUUCCAUAGACCAAGCCGGAUUUUGGAUUGGUGGCCACAUCGUGAACAAAAGCUGGACUUGGGUUAAUAACAACACCAUGCCGACGGGAACACCUUUCUGGGCGAUUGCCAAAGGCUUCCCAACAGACGCCGAGAGGUACUACUUGCAGAGGGGCAAACAUAUGAGGUCGUACCUGUGCGCCGCCAUGACACCCGAAUUCUACUUCUACCUGAGCGACGAGUAUUGCUGGGGGGAAAAACACACCGUCUGUCAGCAUGACACUCGCCAACAUGGAUUUCCUCAUGGUGGGGAUGGUGGGCAUCGUGGAGGUCACGGCGAGCAUCAUGGUGGGCAUGUUGACCAUUCUGAUGGGCACCAUGGAUAUUCUGGGCAUCAUGGAAGUCCCGGGAGUCAUCAUGGGCAUCAUUCUGGGCAUCAUGGAGGUCCCGGGAGUCAUCAUAUUCAUCAUUUUGGGCAUCAUGGAGUUCAUGAAGGGCAUGAUCAAGAAUAUUUCGGGUGCCGUGGCGGGCAUGGAAGCGAAGAAAACGGCGACGGAAGCGAAGAAAACGGAGACGAAGAAUCCUCAGAAGAGUCCUCAGAAGAAUCUUCAGAAGAAUCCUCAAGUGAAUCCUCAGGUGAAACCUCAGAUGAAUCCUCGGAAGAAUCCUCAGAAGAGUCUUCGGAAGAAUCCUCAAGCGAAUCCUCGGAAGAAUCUGAAGAAUCUUCAGAAGAAUCCUCGGAGAAAUCCUCAGGUGAAACCUCAGGUGAAUCCUCAGAAGAAUCUUCGGAAGAAUCUCCGGAAGAAUCAGAAGAAUCUUCAGAGGAAUCAGAAGAUUCUUCAGAAGAAUCCUCGGAAGAAUCAGAAGAAUCCUCAGAAGAAUCUUCAGAGGAAUCAGAAGAAUCCCCAGAAGAAUCUUCAGAAGAAUCCCCAGAAGAAUCUUCAGAAGAAUCCUCAGAAGAAUCCUCAGAAGAAUCCUCAGAAGAAUCUUCGGAAGAAUCUUCAGGGGAAUCCUCCGUCUCUCCUCCAUCUCCUUCUUCCAUUCCUUUUCCCGAUUUCUUUCCGCCGGACGAAAGCGGGUCAGGCGAAGGAGAAGGUUCUGGAAUGCGCGAGGAUAUUUUUAUUGACCAAGAGUUUUAAUUUUUAAUCUUUUCUUUUUCUUUCCUCUGCUUUCUUUCUUUCUUUCUUUUUCUUUUUUUUUCUUUUUGUCUUUCUUCUUCUUCUUCUCCUUGUUUUGUUUUCCUCUCCUUUUCUUCUUCUUUUUUUCUUUUUUCUUAUCCUGUUCUUUUUUUUCUUCUUCUCCUUUUGUUUUGUUUUUUUUCGUGUUCUUCUUUUUCUUCCUUUUAUUUUGAUUUUGUUAUUCUUUCUUUCAUUUUUUUUCCUUAUUACAAACCAUAUUUUUCAAUGUCUCUUUUCUUCACUUCUGAUUCUCAGUGUUUCGUGAAUUAUUGCACUGAUGAACAUAACAUUAACUAGAAGGCAAUAAAUCAUGGAUUUUCUUCACAAAAAAAGAAAAAGAAAAAAAAUGGUGUGUUACGUAAUCUCGGCAAUUAGUAUAGGAGCAUAUAUUAAGUAAAUUUUACCCCGAGUAAAGUGGCUGAUCUGGUGCCAAGUCAGGUAGAGGUUGAAGUGGUGCCAAGUCAUACGAGACAGAGGUUGGAGUGGUGCCAAGUCAUACGAGACAGAGGCUGAUGUGGUGCCAAGUCAGGUAGAGGUUGGAGUGGUGCCAAGUCAUACGAGACAGAGGCUGAUACAUUUCUUUUGUUACAUGCUGCCUGUGUUUCUGGUCCACCUAUCACGCAAGCUCUGAACAUGCAGUGACGUGAGUUGUAUUUUGUAUGUGUACUUUAGGAACGUAGAUGGGUAGUAAGUACGCGCGGGAAGUGUUGUUGCGACGAGAGUUCAAGCGAGAGAGAUGCUUCGGGUGUGUUGUACCCUGUAUUACCCACAGAGGUAUACGCGGGGUGGACCAUGUAGUCUGUAUAAAUGCUGGAUUACUUUGGGAGUCGGGAUGAGCUUUUUACGUUGCCGGAUGCAGAUGUGUGUGUGUGUGUGUGUGUGGGCUUCUAUCGCUGCCCUGACCUUGGAAAUAAAUCGUCCGUUGUAGCUGGGAACAAGAACUCAUGUCUCUUUACUGCAAUUCCUCCUCUGUUUAUUCGGUUUGGGGAAAAAAGCAAAAACAGACUGACCAUCAGAAGGGGCCUGGGAGAGUAAGUGUGCACGCUUUAUCAACCGAAGUUCGAAUUCACUGGUGUCAUAAGUCUUCGAUAAGGAAUGUUUAUAUUGUCCCAAGCAGGAGCAGAGGAGUGUCCUGCAAACUUAUGGACUAAUUGAACAAGCAAUUAUACAUGCGGUGGCCUUGUGGUCCUACUCCGGAUUCAUAUAGAAGCAAGAAAUAAGGAAAAAAAAUAGAGCAUGUUGUCACACUCCAGGAAGCUGUACAUGAUGUGACAGAGCUUAUCUCCUGUGCUUGUGCAACUGGAGAGUGUAAGAGUCCAUGGGUUGCAACUACGCAAGCGCUGAAAUAUGUAUAUGUGAGGCUGUAAACGAUAGUUGUACUAAUAUUGAACUGGCAGUCUCAGACACAGUGGAAAAAAGGCGAUGGUGACGAGGAGUGUGAUGACUUUCAGUUAUCUUAGUGAUCCGGAGAUGAAGAAGGGUUUUGAUGAAUUUCGCACUCAUUUCAAAAUAUUUUCUUCCCCAAUAAAUCCAGUACUAAAAAAAUAACUUUCUUAUUAGAUAUCUGGUAAUUAUGGAGUUUUCAAUCUAAAGUUUGUUUUUGCAGGACGGCUGGAUCAGAACCGAGCAAAGAAUAUAUGCUUAGGGUUUCGUAUGCUAAUUUUGCUGGUUAGUUACACUAUUAUCACGGUGUUUUGCAUCCGUUUGAUUUCUUUAAUAUUUGUGUACCUCUUUUGUAACGCAAGUAAAAUGAAAUGUACCACGAUGGAAGAAUAUAUAAAGCAUAUCCACGUAUUUGGUACGUUAUUUUUGCCUGAGAUAAAUAUAUGACUUUUUUUCAAGGCAUUAUAAUCAAGAUGUGUUCUGUAUGUAUGUUUUCCUUACGGGAUUGUGAAAGUAGCGACAUGGAAUGCUACACACGUCUCUUAUUUCAGUAUAUAAAACGUAAUAAUUUGAUAUUUUAUUAUUCUUUUUGGGAUAUUUUGAUUUUUACACUGUCCUGAGCAGUUUGAAGUGCCAUAGUGCCCUAAGGUUUCUUUCUAGGAUACAAAUAUAUUUACAGCGCCCUUAGAAGGAACUUGAUUAUAAACUUAAAGCUUAAAGCCUAAGGAUUAGUGAGUUUUCCUCUUUUCCACAAAAAAAAAAAACACUUGACGAUAAAUGUUCCCUAUUUAUAGUAUAAGAUCCAUAAUGUAUGAGAUAUUCUACGUAUCCGGUGUUCCCUAUUUCGUAAGUAGUUGAUAUAAUGUUGUUUUUUACUAUUUGUGACUUUCGGAAUAUCACAUGAAACACGCUGAAUAAUUAUUGUUGAUUAAAUUAGUGGUCAUUAAAUGCCAGAGUACCAUUGGAGCUUCAGUUCAGCUGUUUCGUGUAGUCUGAAUGGAAGGUCAUUUUUCAAACCAUUUCUAUUGUAAUGAUUCUGAUUAAGCUCCGUUGUUUUUUAUUGUAUUAAAAUAAUGGCAUUUAUAAGAAUAAUGAUGUUUCCUAUAACCAUUA